ACAGACAAUUUAAAUUUUCAGUCGCAUCGUUACAUAUUACAUUCCUGCAAGAACUUUUUUUCGUACUAUUUGUGCAAAUGUAUGUAAAAUUAUUGCAUACUGUGCACCCUGGCUUUUGACAGAUGAGGAUUGUUUCGCUUUUGUACUUAGUUGGGUGAAGUUUGUUUCCUAAGCGCUGUGCUAGUGAAGAAUCUGUUUCAGGAAAAUAUAUAAGAAAAUUAGUGAAAAAGUGUUUAGUUAACGAAGAUGCAUUUUUCCUAUUGGAAAAUUGCCAUAUACGUGUUGACAUUUUUGACGUACGCAUACUCGGGAUAUGGUUCCAAUACAAUAGCUCAUUUGCGAGACGCGCUGAUUGCUGCAGAAGCGAUAUUUGGCGAUGUGUUCCGAAAUGUUAUUACAGUCGCUAAGAAAUUCCGGACAGUGCAUGAAGUAUUCGAUGCGGCUGUAGACGAGAAUUGCGUAUUUACGUGUCCUAGUACAGAAGGCGGUCCAGAUAUCCGACCAGUACAAAACAAACUGUACACGCCGACCGCUGAUGGCUGCGGAUCGUUAGGACUCCGGAUUGACACCGAAUACUUGCCCGCAGCGGAAAUGGAGACGUGCUGCAAUGCCCAUGAUAUUUGCUACGACACUUGCAACAGUGAUAAGGAAUUGUGUGAUCUGGACUUUAAACGUUGCCUCUAUAAGCAUUGUGAGACAUACGACAAAUCCAUCGUUAGCGAUUUGAUGAUCAAAGGCUGUAAGGCUGCUGCGAAGAUGCUUUUUACGGGUACACUUACUUUGGGCUGCAAAUCUUACUUGGAUUCGCAGAAGCGCACUUGCUAUUGUCCCCCGCCAAAGCCCACAAAAGAUGAAAAAUAUUAUAAUAAAAAUGGGAAUGGCGGCGAUAAAUAUUACAAAAACAAAAAACAGAAAUAUGGUUGGAAGGAUCCGAAUGAGUUUUAAAUAUUUAAGCGAUAUUUAGUUUUGAAAAGUAUUUUAGUGGCGAAUUUACCGUUGUUAGUUUGUUGACAGUAUUUUGUUGAUUUUUUAUUUUAUGAUGCAUAUUUUGUAUGCACAAUCGAAAUAUAUACACAAUAAAUGAUAUUGGAUGAAA